CGCCUUAUGAAACGUGAAUUACCACCAUGUAGCUGUCCAGGGACAUUUAGCUCUGCAGCCAGAUGCCAGAUUACGGGAUUCUUUGCGAGACGGAUCGACUGAAUUAAAAGGUUAUGGAUUCCAGCCUCCCUCACCUCUUCCUUUCCGUGCUGAUCAGCCUUGUCCACUGUUGUGUCAGAAAUGAUCGCCACAACGGUACACAUCAAUAUGACUACUGCGUGCUUGGGGCCGGACCUGCAGGUCUGCAGAUGGGCCACUUUCUUUCCAGAGCUCAGAGAGACUAUGUCGUCUUCGAGAGGAACUCAGGACCUGGCAGCUUCUUCAACAUAUAUCCAAGGCAUAGGAAGCUCAUUAGCAUCAACAAGAUCUAUACAGGGAGGCGGAACCGAGAGUUCAACCUGCGUCAUGAUUGGAACUCCUUGUUGAGUGACAAAGCUGACCUUCUGUUCCAGCGAGUUAGUAGUGAGCUUUAUCCAGUGGCUGAUGCGUACCCCCACUACCUGUCUCUGUUUGUGAAGGAGCUUGGCCUGAAGGUCCAGUAUGGUGUGGACAUUGGAAAGGUCAGAGCAUCUCAGUCAUCCUCGGGCAGGAACUAUAUACUGACUGAUCAGCAUGGCCUGGACUACACAUGCAGGGUUCUCCUGGUCUCCACAGGACUAUGGGAUCCUCAGAAGGUUCAGUUUGUUGGUUCUGAUCUAAUUGAGGGUUACGAGUCCAUCUCUGUGGAUCCUGAGGACUAUAAAGACCAGGCCAUAUUGAUUCUUGGCAAAGGCAACUCUGCCUUUGAAACAGCCCAGAGCAUCCUGGGUAGAGCAAGCCGAAUCCACCUCUACAGUCCCAGCCCUGUUCGACUGGCUUGGCAAACACAUUAUGUUGGAGAUCUUAGAGCGGUGAACAAUGAACUACUAGACACAUACCAGCUGAAGUCCCUUGAUGGGCUGGUGGAGGGAGGCCUUGAGGACAUUGCCAUUGUUCAGCAAAAGGAGGAUGAGAGGAAGAAAUUGGGCAGAAAGAAGGGGAGGCCCAGCAGGAAGGAGAAGAGAAACCAGUUGUACUUGACUCUUGCUGAGCUCCUGGACAGCCAGGAGGAGAAGAACAGCUCUAGAGUGACAGCAGCCAACCUGCCAGUUUAUCAUAAUGACAACUUCUCUCUGCGGCAGCCCUACGACCGGGUGAUACGCUGUCUGGGCUUCCGCUUCAAUUUCAGCAUAUUUGAUGGCUCUGCCCGCCCACCAAACAGUGAGGGUGCCAGAGGGAGGCUGCCAGCGGUGACAGCAUGGUAUGAAGGGCGGGGUACCCCCGGUUUGUUUGUACUGGGAACUGCUGCCCAUUCUAGAGACUACCGCUCAUCCGCCGGGGGGUUCAUUCACGGCUUUCGUUACACAGUGCGAGCUGUACACCGCAUACUUGAGAAUCGGUACCACAGCAAUGUGUGGCCAUCAACAAAACUGCUGACCACUCAGCUGCAAUCCUGGAUUCUGAAACGGAUCAAUGAGGCCUCAGGGCCAUACCAAAUGUUUGGGGUGCUUGGAGAUGUCAUACUUCUUCAAGGCUCCCAUAGUGUCUACUUGGAGGAGUUCCCCCUCCAGGCCCUGCCUCAGUUCACCUCACUCUCAGGCCAUGGGAUCCCAAAGCAUGGACUGCUGGUUCUGGUAAUGCAGUAUGGGCUUAAUCGCACAGAUUCUCUUGGGCCUGGCAGGGCAGAAUCUGAAUGGACCCAAGCCUGGAAGUCCAACUUCCUGCAUCCUGUUCUGUACUUCUAUAAAAAACUUCCCACUGAGAGGGACAUGAGGCAGCGGCCCUCUGGUUGGCCAGUGCCACGGCCUACGGCAGUGCAUCACAUAAUAGAAGACUUCCUCACCGAGUGGGAUGCUCCGAUAUCCCACACCCAGCCACUGCGGCGCUUCCUAGAACACUGUCUUCAGACUGAUCUUAGGGCCUUCUAUGCAGAAUCAUGUUUCCGCUUGUCCCUCACCCAUCGUAAGCCUCCUCUGUUUUGUCGGCAUGGAUAUUUGAAGAGGCAGGGUGUCAUCGGCAGCAGCCAGCUGCGUCAGCAUGCCCGUGAUGCCGGGAUCAUGUCUACUGAGCAGGACUCCGACUCGUCGCAGGUUGACCCUGCAUUCCCUGACUACCUGUCCCAAGCUCAAGCCUCCGUGUCUUCAGGGUUGAAACUCGAUUUCUGAUUCUUUCUUUCAAGGGUUGCUUAAAUUGGCCUGAUGCUUUAUUUAAAUUCUCAGACUACCUCGUUCUGUGUAUGGUACCAAAAAAAUGCCUAAAUGAGAAACCACCCUGGAGCAACGGUGGGCAAACUUGUUCCUUGAAAACUCCCACGUUAUUCUUCACAAAAAGAGUUUAUUUCAUCACAGUGUGCCAUUUUUUUACAAGAUGAAAAUAUAGAUGUUUUUAUGAAUGUACACUAUACAGGUGGAGGGUGCGUUAUCUGUGUGGAAAAACGACAUGUACUAUUUAUUUUUACACAAAUUAUGGGGGUUCCGACCUUUUUUAUGUUCAUGGUACAUUAAAGAAAGAGAA